GUUUCAGACAGAAAAAUGAAAACCCACCCAGCCAUUGGUUUCUUCCUCCUCUUCGUGAUCAGCUAUGGCUCUUCUGAAAACUCAAGUACAUCUAGAGGGUGUGGACUGGAUCUUCUCCCUCAGUAUGUUUACCUGUGCGACCUGGAUGCCAUCUGGGGAAUAGUCGUGGAGGCAGUUGCGGGGGCAGGUGUGCUGACCACAUUGCUGCUGAUGCUGAUUUUGCUGGUAAGGCUGCCCUUCAUCAAGGACAAAGAGAAGAAGAGCCCACUGGGAAUGCACUUCCUCUUUCUUUUCGGGACUCUCGGACUGUUUGGGCUGACGUUUGCUUUCAUCAUACAGGAAGAUGAAAUGGUGUGCUCUACCAGAAGAUUUCUAUGGGGAGUUAUCUUUGCUUUGUGCUUCUCGUGCUUGCUAGCUCAAGCCUGGAGACUUCGUAGACUAGUUCGACAUGGGAAGAGUCCAUCUGGCUGGCAUCUAGCUGGUGUGGCAAUCUGCCUGAUGCUCGUUCAGGUCGUUAUUGCAACCGAGUGGUUAAUACUGACAAUUGUCAGAGAUAACAAGUUGGCCUGCAGCUACGAACCAAUGGAUUUUGCCAUGGCUUUGAUUUACGUUAUGUUCCUGAUGGUAUUUACCAUGGGAUUUUCUCUUUUCACUCUCUGUGGAAAGUUUAAGAAAUGGAAGAAAAACGGAGUAUGCCUCAUUAUAACACUUUUUUUUUCCAUUCUGAUUUGGGUAGCCUGGAUGACUAUGUACCUCUUUGGUAAUGCUGAGCUAAAGAGAAGAGACAAAUGGAGUGAUCCCACUCUUGCUAUUGCACUGGUGUCCAGUGGUUGGGUGUUUGUUAUUUUUCAUGCCAUCCCAGAGGUCCACUGUACCAUCCUUCCAUCACAGCAGGAAAACACUCCCAAUUAUUUUGAUACUUCACAGCCAAGGAUGCGUGAAACUGCUUUUGAGGAAGAUAUACAGCUUCCUCGGAGCUACAUGGAAAAUAAAGCCUUUUCAAUGGAUGAACAUAAUGCAGCGCUAAGAACGGCAGGAUUUCGAAAUGGCAGUUUGGGAAGCCGACCUAGUGCUCCUUUUAGAAGCAAUGUUUAUCAGCCAACUGAGAUGGCAGUUGUGCUAAAUGGUGGGACUAUACCAACUGCUCCGCCAAGUUACACUGGACGACACCUCUGGUGAAAGGCUGUAGGCUGUAGAGAAUAAGAAUCCUUGUUGCAGAUGUUGUUCCCUGGCAGUGUGUCUUUGAGGGAGGAAUCCAUAACAGUACCAGAACAAAGCAACAAAACAUCCAAGAGCUUUCGAAAUCCUACAGAGGAUUUUGUCUAAAUGUGAACACCAUUGAACUGAUAAGAUAAUUGCAAAAACAAAAUUGUAAAACUGAAGCUGAAUCUAAUACAAAACAGAAGUAGGCACACCUUAAAUUGGAAGAGGGGGAUAUUGUAUUCUGAAAUGUAAGAUAUUCUCUCGUCUGUAACUAGUGUGCGAGGCAAGCCUGGUUUUGUUGGUUGCCAGUUGCUUGCAAAAUACCCCCCGCUCACCUAAACUUAAUUCAUGUUGCCACAAGAGAUUGCCACUACAGUGUGAAAACAUGCAGGAUUUCUUUCCAUUUUGCUCCUUUUCCCUUCAUUUCAAACAUCAUGAAAAGCACCUUGUCUGCUUCAUUAUCUAACUGUACUGUACAGUCACGUAGCAUCAUGUGUAGUCAAGCAUUGUCACACUGUGGCAACUAAAUUACCAUUACACUGUAGGCUGAUACUCUUCUCUUUAAAAAAUUGGUGUAGGAAAUACAGUUCUGGAGGGAUGAAAGGUCUAUGCAUGUUUCAUGUGAGUUAUGGAGCUUCUUGAGACAGAGAGACAAAGCGUAGGUCCAGCACAGAGGCAGCUCUCCUCGGCUGCGCGGGAUCGAUUCCCCGUUAUUCCAGCCUCAACCCCGGGUGCGAGCAAAGAGCUGCGCGCUCUCACAUCUCCUACAGAGGAAGCCGUUAAGUGGAACUUUGGAGGGAUAUACUUUUGCAAAGACUUAGCUGGGGAGAGAACGUGACUCGAGGUUGCCAGAAGGAGUUCGUUGUGAUGGUGGAUCAAAGGCAACCCACUGUUCCGCCCUGGCCAGCCUGUUCUAAUGGGCUGAUCUUGGCUAGCAGGAAUGCGGUGGCAGCUGGGCAGUACUGACCACCUUUCAGGAGAAACUCAGCAGCAGAUAGG